AUGGACGGCGGAGAUGAACCCGAGGGAUCAGGGCUGGGUCAGAUGGACGGCGAGGAUCUGCGAAAUGGUGAUGGUGGAGGGAAGGAUUUCGGUAAACAUAGUGGGGGUGUUGAGUUGAAUGCGGGAGAAGAGAGAGGUUUGGAGAGUGCGGAGGUGUUGGAUAGUAAGGAGGAGAGGGAGGAACUUGAAAUGAGUGGUGAUGCGGGGGAAGAGAGCGAGGAGAACGAUGAUGAGGAGGAGGAAGAGGGGGAGCAAGAGGAGGAAGGGGAGGCAGAAGAGGCAGCAGACGAGGAUGAGGAAGAUAUUAUUGAAAAUCUCUUUAGGGAGAUUGGUAAAUGGAAGGGGAAAAGGAGUUCACAAAGUGAAGGGCAGGGGGAUACCGACCCCAGGGCGGGAGAGAGCACGGGGGGUAGUAGAGUUGGCAAGCGGGAAGAGGGGAAGAACAGUGGGGUGAGGGCGGUGAGGGAAGCGAGGGAAGAGAGUGGAAAGAGGCGAGGAGUGAGUGGGGUUCCUAAGGGGGUCAGAAGGGGCGGGAGGACGGGGAGACGAAGGCUGGUGGACGGAUGGAUGGCAGGAGUGCCGGAGAAUACGGAGAGGACAGCAAUUGAAAGGCCAAGCAGGAGGAGGAGAAAGGCAAGCAAGAAAAGGAGGAGGUUGGUGGAUGGGUGGGUGGCUGGGCCGCAGGAGAAAGGAGAGUCGGCGUUCCGGUGGCGGAACGAGGUGGGGGAUGAGGAGGAGAUGCUGACUCAGCACCACGACAGCUACCAAUGGCAGUGGCCCGUGGCGCGGCUGGGCGACAGCUGGCGCGGCAUGUUCAUGCGGGAAGCCCAAUACGACAUCGCGAACACCCCAUCGUGCAAGGGCAUCCUCCCCCCGCCAGCCUACACCAACCUGCCCAUUCACGGCCGCGACGCCAACGAAACCGAAUUGAAGACCCUCGGCAACGUGCGGCGCCAGCAGGAGAAGCACGAGCCCCUCCCGCUGGACCUCCUGCUCUCGUGGGCUAGGGUGGGGAAGGAGACGCAGCUGCCCAUCUCACAGGCGCUUCAGGGUGAUACGCCCAGGGAGCGCUGGCUGAUUUGGACGCCACGGUUUGGGUUGGGGAACUCGCUGCGGGGAUACACCUCGGCGUUCAUCUUUGCUUUGCUGUCGGGACGAAGGUUCUUGCGCUGGCACGGGGGUUCUCACAAGAGGGUCCUGGAGCGUCUGUGCGAUGCGUUCUACUGCGGGCUAGACGAGUUGCACUAUAAAGGGGAUAUGCGCAAGCACACAAAGCUCAUGGAGGGGCGGGAGCUUGUGAUCCACGGGCUCAACUAUUACUCCCCUGUCAUGGCUGUCACCUCGGGAGCGUUUUUUGAUGCCUUUUGGCGAAGAAAUCCUCAGAUCAACCAGUGUGUGCACGACGCAUUCAACUGCCGCUCCCUCUGGUGCAUUCAAUCGCAAGUGCUCUCCCUCCUCCUCGGCAAGGGCCCCAAGCCGGGGGUGCAAGAGGUGGUUGAUAGGGACCUCAGGGUGGUGCCGCCGCUGGUGUUCCGAGGGGGAGGGAUGGGGAUGGAGGAGGGGGAGGCGAAGGAGGGGAAGGUUGAGCCGUUGAUGGUUGCCAAAGGAGAGGGGCUGAGGCUGCAGUUUGACCUCUCCAUUCACAUCCGUGGGCAUUCUGUGUGA